GAGGGAGGACGGAGGAAGAGGGGACGGCAAGAAGAGAGAGAGAGAGACAAAGUGAGAGAGAGGAGAGAAAGAGGAGGCCGAGGGGAAAAGGAUGGAUUGCCUCCAUGCGUGGAUCUCGCUCUUGUCACUCUUGUCUCUCUCGACAUGGACGGUUCUUGGCCAAGCCGAAGAGUGCCGCACAGCCAUGCCUGCUGACAUUGUCUUCCUCGUGGAUGAGUCAUGGUCGGUGGGGCCUACAAGUUUCCAGCAGGUGAAGGAGUUUAUAUCCUCCAUUAUGCGUGCCUUCCAAAACCGCAUGCUGGGGGAGGCGGGUGUUCGAUUUGGGGUCACCGUCUACGCUGACACCCCAAGGAUGCGCAUCGCUCUGACGGACUACUCUACGCUGGACGAGGUGCUGAGGGCCGUGGAGGAGAUGCCCUAUGAGGGAGGUGGCAGCCGCACGGGGGAGGCCUUGGAGUUCCUCGCCGAGUCCGUCUUUGGGCCCUCCAUAGCCAGGGACAACACCGCUAAGAUCACUAUUCUUAUAACCAACGGCCGAUCAGAUGAUACCAUUGACGGGCCAGCGAAGACAGUGAGAGACAGUGGCAUCUCACUCUUUGCCGUGGGGGUGAGGAACGCAGAUGUGCUGGAGCUGAGGCGUGUGGUGACGGAGCCCUACGAGGAGCACCUCCUGAUGAGUGCCGACUUCGCCUACCUGGAGGACCUCCUGCUUCGGCUCUCGCGCAGAGUCUGCUUCACCGCCUCCGAGCCUCCACGACCCAUCACCAAGACACAACCAGUGGUGGAUGAGGUGAUCGUGGGGCCGAGGGACCUGCAGGUGAGCGAGCUGGCCUACAGCUCCCUGAGGCUGACCUGGAGCCCGGCCUCUGGAGACGUAACGGGCUACAGGCUGCUGGUCACUCCACACUCUCCAAAGGGACACCUGCUCUCGGCUCAGCAGACUCAGGUUGACCUGAAGGCAGAUGAAAGUACUGCUCAGGUGGUGGGCCUGACCCCAAAGACAGAGUACUUACUCACUGUGUAUGCCAUCUACCCAGGACGUGUCGGGGACUCAGCCAGCAUCAUCACAGAGACAACUCUGCUCCCCCAGGUGGCUAACUUCCGUGUGAUCGAGGAAGGCCUCUUCUCCUUGCGCCUGUCCUGGACACCUUCUUUAGCCAAAAUCGAUUCCUACAAGAUCUUCAUCCCUCGACCGGACCGUCCAGGACUGGUGUACGAGCAGACAGUGCGUGGCGACGUCUCCUCCCACGUGAUUGACAGUCUGGAGGAGGAUAAGAAGUACACCGUCAGCAUUUAUGCCGUCUACCCCGAGGGCCGGAGUGAGCCGGUGUCUGUUGUGGGCAGAACAUUGAAGCUGAUUCCGGUUGGGAAGCUCCUGGUGGAGAACGCCACCACAGACACGGUGCAGGCGCGCUGGACCUCCGUCAGGGGCGCCACGGGUUACAGAAUCACCUGGGCCUCCACAGCGGCGGAUGGACACAUUGAGAAUGUGAACUUAGGGGACUCUUACAACUACUACAUGAUCCAAGGCCUCCACACAGGCACCCAGUACAUCAUCACCAUCAACCCCAUCUUUGGGGACAUUGAGGGGCCCGUCACUACCACUCGGGCAAAAACACUGGAUUACAGUGCGGUCCAGUCUCUCAAAGCUCUGAGCAUCAGCACCAGCAGUGCGCUUACGUCCUGGAACGCUGUCCCUGGGGCCACUGGCUACCGGUUGGCCUGGGGUCCUACGCCAGAGUUUGUGGGUCGUGACCGUCCCCGACAGGUGGCUCUGAACGGCAACACUACGGAGUACCUGCUGAAGAAUCUGGUGUAUGACACGGAGUACGUGCUCUCUCUCUACGUGCUGUUUGGGUCCGUGGUGGGACCUGGAAUCACCGCCACCUUCCGCACCUCGCCUCUCGGCUACGUGUCCAACUUCAAGGUCACCUCCUACACCAGCACCUCCAUAGAUGUGGAGUGGAGCGCCAUCGUUGGAGCCACUGAGUACAAACUCACCUGGAGCCCAGAUGGUGCAGCAACUCAGAGCCGCUACUUGGACCGCAGUGCGCUGGCACACCGCAUUGAUGGACUCAUCCCACAGAUUGUGUACACUGUUAGCAUCGCUGCCAUUUACGGCAACACAGAGGGGCCAGAAAUGUCUGUCUCGCAACACACAGCUUCGCCCACAGACUCGGAGCAGAUUCCGCCGGUGAGGGAGGUGAAAGUGGUGGACAUCGGUAUCAACACCUUCAAGCUGGCCUGGAAGAGGACGCCGGGGGUGUCGGGGUACAAGGUGUCCUGGAGCUCCUUCCAUGGUGGGGAGGAGAAAAGCCAGCUGGUCCCUGCCACCUCCACUUCUCUGACCGUCAAGGGGCUGCAGGAGAGUUCGCCCUACAAACUUCAGGUGACGCCCAUGCUGGGCGAGCGAGAGGGCAGCCCAUUCAUGCUCACUGCUCGCACACUGGACAUGCCCAAAGUGAAUAACUUUGUCACCCUGGACGUGACGGACAACAGCACGGUCCUGAACUGGACGAGUGUGGCUGCGGCGUCCGGCUAUCUGCUCUCCUGGAGGCACAUUUCACAGGUGGAGAGCACAACAGAGACCCUCCGUGCAGCCAUCACUUCAUAUAAGAUCUCGGACCUGCUGUACGGACGGACCUACGUGUUCAGCAUACGUCCACUCUAUGGAGAGGUGGAAGGGCCGGUCACCACCAUUCACCAAAGGAUAGUUGGAAAACCUCGUCUGGUACCAUUGCACACUCUGUCCAUUACAUCGGCCCCAUCCCCCGUGAAUGCCAUCACUGCGUCCAGAACCACCAAAGGAAGUGCUGCUAUGCCCCCUCGCACCACCGCCAGGAACACACGCACACCUCUCACCGCCAAGAAUCCAGAUUUCCUCGAGACAACUGCUCCUCCUGGGACAGGAUGUGGUAAGGUCAAGGCUGACAUCGUAUUCCUGGUGGAUGAGUCCUGGAGCAUUGGAUCCAACAACUUUGGGAAACUGAAGGAUUUCCUCUUCCGGGUUGUGACCUAUUUCCCAUCUAUUGGCCCUCAGGGCACACAGAUUGCAGUGGUGCAUUACAGUGACAAUCCAAGGAUAGAAUUCAAUCUGAAUGACUACAAAGACCGCACCUCAGUGUUGAGAGCUCUCCGAGGAGUUCGCUAUGGAGGAGGAAACACCAAAACAGGCCGAGGCAUCAGCUACGUGCUGAAGGAGCUUUUCCACGAGUCAGUGGGCAUGAGGCAGGACGUCCCCCACAUCCUGGUGGUCAUCACGGAUGGCAGAGCUCAGGACAACGUGCUGCCUCCCGCCAGAAUCGCACAUGCCCUCGGUGUCAGUGUGUUAGCCAUUGGUGUGGAACGGGCCGACAUAGAGGAGCUACAGAACAUGGCAUAUCCCACCAGCUACAAGAACGUCUUCUUGGCCAGCUCUUUCGAUGACUUCCCCCACAUCGAGCGGGAGUUCAUAGGAAGCCUCUGCAGUAAGGCGCUGAUGUCCGAAUUCAAGCAGCAUGAUGAUGAGUCUGCACAGCUGGAUACCCCUACCGGAGACCCAGAGGGUUUGGCCAAGCCAGAGGGACCCUGCCCAUCCAGCUGUACCAAGGGUCAAAAGGGUGAAAAGGGAGAUGGCUUCGGACCGGGUGGACUGAGAUUGAAGCCGGUGCCCGGAGAGUACGACCCCUUCAAUCUCAACGCCAAGGGGGAAAAGGGAGAGAGGGGACCUCCUGGAACAGAUGGUGUUCCCGGGUUGCCGGGACGACCUGGAAGGACUGGACCACCUGGUUCGGCUGGACAGAGGGGUCCAGCUGGAGCCCCCGGGGACAUUGGACCUCCUGGUAUAGGAGGACAGAAGGGCCAGAGAGGAGAAAGGGGAGAGCCGGGAUACGUGGUCGGGAACAUGGACGUGGUGCCCGGACGUAAAGGAGAACCUGGAUCCUCUGGUCCCCAGGGUCCUCCAGGGGUACCGGGGGUGUCAGGGCCUCCAGGCCUCCCCGGCCAGCCCGGUCCUCCCGGGACUCCAGGAGCUUCAGUCAAAGGGGAUGCAGGAGUGGCAGGUCUUAAGGGACUGCGGGGGAAAGCUGGUCCUAAAGGAGACCAGGGAGAGCCUGGUUCUAAAGGUCAGACUGGUCUACCUGGUCCGAUUGGUGUUGCUGGAAUCCCGGGACUUUCUGGACAAAAAGGAGAAAAGGGAGAAGAGGGCAUUGGGACUCAGGGUGUGCAGGGACCAAAGGGAACUCAAGGGGAGAAGGGAGAAAUUGGUCGAUCUGGUCCUGUAGGCGCAAAGGGUGAGCCCGGAAAUCAGGGGAUCCAGGGAAUCGUUGGUCCCCGGGGGAAGAGGGGCCUGAAAGGAGACCAGGGGGAGAAGGGUGCACGAGGGGAGAUCGGGCCUACUGGACCUCACGGCAUUCAGGGCUUGCAAGGACUUGUUGGACCUAAAGGUGAUGAGGGACAACAAGGAGCCCCAGGCGACCCAGCUAAAGGGGUUCUUGGACCCCCUGGGAAAAAGGGAGUACGGGGCGACCUUGGACCUGUAGGGCCUGCUGGACCACAGGGCAUAAAGGGAGAGCAAGGUGACAAAGGAGUGAAGGGUGGCCCUGGCUUUGGUAUCCCAGGACAGCCUGGUCCGAAAGGGGACACUGGAGAGAGGGGUAAUGUUGGACUGUCAGGGAAACCAGGAAUCAAGGGCAAUGAUGGCUCUAAGGGGGAGAAAGGCACCAUUGGAUUCCCAGGCAACCCAGGAGCCCCUGGACUAAGAGGUAAAGAUGGUGAAUCAGGACCUAAAGGGGAUAUGGGACUUAAGGGUGACCUAGGGGUUCCGGGCGAGCCGGGAGAAAGGGGCAUCAGGGGCCCACUAGGUCUGCCCGGGCGGCCAGGAGAUCUGGGAGAGAAGGGCGAGUUGGGGAAGAUCGGCCUGCCGGGCCCAGAGGGACCCAAAGGUGAACGAGGAGAGCCGGGGAAGCCGGGACCACCUGGAAUAACUCAUUUGACCUCAUCUAACGACAACGUCCUGGCCAGAGUUAUCAAGGGAGAGCCUGGAGAUCCAGGUCUACCGGGCCCGAGGGGUCAUCUUGGACCAAUGGGCCCUGAAGGAAAGCCUGGACCCCCUGGCAAAUCACUGGGCGGGUCCGGCACUGGGAGUGAUGGACUGGAUGGGCUACCAGGCACACCAGGAUCCAAGGGCGAAGCAGGGGGGAAAGGAGAGCCUGGACCGAAGGGAGACAAAGGUGAAGCCGGCCGAGUCGGAAUAGCUGGGAUGCCCGGGCUUCCCGGGACUCCUGGUAGACCAGGCAUCGACGGCAAGCGAGGCAUUGCAGGGAAAGAUGGUGAACAGGGAGCCAGAGGGGAUGAUGGGAAGAAGGGUGACAAGGGUGAGCCUGGUGCAGAGGGUCCAGUGGGACGCAAAGGGGACACGGGGCCUCCAGGACCUCCAGGCCCGCCGGUUGUCAUCAAGGUGUCAGACGAGGGUGCCUCUGUAGAUGAUAUAAGGAAGGCUUUCCCCAUGCCCAUGGGUCCUCCUGGGGUGAUGGGUCCCCCAGGUAUGAAGGGCGAUCGAGGUGACGAGGGCCAUAAGGGUGAAAAGGGAAGUGCUGGAGAACCUGGGAAAACACUUGAAAUGCGGGACAUUGAAGUUCUCUUUGAAUCCUAUGGCAUCCGGCUGCCCCUGCUGAAGGCAUUGAUUGACAGGUUGCUGCAGGAUGGGAUGGAGGAGCUACUGCACGAGUUCAGCACUAACAGGAGGGCCAAGGGUGACAGGAAGGAGCCCAGCUCUAACAUCAUCACAGAGUACACGAGUGCAGUGAAGUAUGACGUCUCUGGUGAUGUGCUGUCUGAGGACGCAGAGGAAGUGAGGCCCCUACAGACUCCAGACAUGGCCGAUCCUUUAAAUGGGACAAAGGAGGGUGCUACAUCAUGGGGUGCUGUAACGCCCAAUGGAGAAGUUGGCCACGAUGGAGACGAGAGUGAUCCCGAGCCCCCUGAAGGCGAGCUGCAGCACAUCUUGAGCAGCCAGGAGGACUCCCUGAGGAAGAGCUCCGGAGAGAGGAAACGAGGCAGGGAGCGAGGAAAGGGAAAAGGAAUCAAAGGACGACAUAAGCGGCAAAGGAAACGUUUGGAAGACCAAGAUGAGCAUAUGGAAGAGGAUGAAGGUGAAGAAUAUACCGAUGAAUAUGAGGAUGAACUGGUCACAGAGUCACCCCAACUGUCUCCACACAGCACAGUGAGUGGGGUCCGCUAUAGCACAGAGUCCACCUACACAGAAGAAAAUGAAGGGGUGUUACCUACAGUUGUUCCAGUGACAAAACAUCAAGACCUCUUGGUAACCUCAGUAACUACAGACGGAGCUUCCACAGAGCGUUCACAUGAAGGGUCAGAUCAGGAUGGCCAAUCUUCUGAAUCCAUUAAAGAGGAUCAGGGUGAGAUCACCCCAUCACCAUCGCCAUCAGUCAACACGACAGAAGCUUCACAAGAGGAGCAGGAGGGUCCCUUGGCACCACCAAAGACCAGAGUGAGGAAGAGUGCCCCCUGGCCAGACUACAUGGCAUAUAUGCCAGGCCCAAUGGGAGGACGGAAUCGCUAUAAGCACAGAGAAAAAUCUGACUAAAUGGACCCUAAAUGGAUGUCACAAUCUGGAGCAAAUGGGAGAAAACGUUUAAAC